AGGAUCCGAGAUGGGAGAGCGACACUCGACGUUGUCGAAGCUGGAGAACGUGCGGGAGGCGGCCGACGAGAAUGAGGUCCUCUCACCGACCGUGUUGAAGAGGCCGAAGGAGUUCAAAGCUCUGAUGGGGAAUUCUUCUUCAGAGAAGGGCAUGGGAGGAUCAGCUGACAGAGAUGCUCUACUGGCGCAGGUGGAGAAUGACAAGAGGAUUUCUUUGAUCAGAGCAUGGAGCGCAGGUGAAAAGACCAAAGCUGACAACAAGGCUCAGAGGAAGAUGUCAUCCAUUCUUUCAUGGGAGAACACGAAGAUGGCAACCAUCGAGGCUGAGAUAAAAAAGAAUGAGGAGAGGCUGGAGAAGAAGAAGGCGGAUUCCGAAGAGAAGGCGAAGAACAAGAUCGCCAUGAUACACAAGGAAGCAGAGGAGAGGAGGGCGAUGGUGGAGUCGAAGCACGGGGAGGAGCUCCUCAGAGCGGAGGAGGCUGUUGCCAAGUAUCAUUCCACCGGACACACCCCGAAGAAGGGAGCAGGCUGCUUUAGCUCCUUUAGCCCCUAGAGAGAGAGAGAG